CGUCCGCCGCCUGCUCCGAGCUCAGAAUAAACGCGAGAGACUUCACCAGACGCCACGGCGAGAGCAACGCGCUGCCUUCCGACCACCCCGAUCGCGCUUGGAUUAUAACUAUGACUCUGGAAGAGAUCCGCGGACAAGAGAACGCAAUGGAAAUCCCGGACAGGGUGCAAAGUGCAGGCGCAGCCCUGGAGGAGCUGCUGCUGGCCGCUAAGAAGCAGGAGUACCUGACAGUUGGAGUUUAUGAAUCCGCCAAAGUCAUGAAUGUCGACCCGGACAGCGUGGCAUUCUGCGUCCUCGCCACCGACGAGGAGUACGAGUGCGACAUCGCGCUCCAGAUCCACUUCACCCUCAUCCAGGCCUUCUGCUUCGACAACGACAUCAACGUGGUGCGCGUCAACGACAUCGAGCGUCUGGCCGACCUCGUGAGCGCGGGCGAGCCCGGCGAGCCCAAGGACGCGCAUUGCAUUCUUGUCACGAGCCCCAGUGCGAACCCGUGGAAGGACCCGGCUCUGGACAAGCUGAGUGUGUUCUGCGAGGAGAGCCGCAGCGCGUACGACUGGGUGCCCACCGUCACGCUCCCAGAGCGCUGAAGGGACACUCCGUCGAAACAACGCUUCACAUGAUGAUGGUGAUGAUGAAGAAGAAGAAGAAGAUGAUGGAAAGUCAAGGAGCUGAGACUCAGUUGGGGAUUGAGCGGAGGGGGCGGCGGCAAGCCUCUCUGCCUCACGUCUGGAUUAAGAGGAUGUGGCUGUAACCCACCCUACUUCCCCCCCCACCCCCCUCACCCCCUUGCAAGAGAACAAGCUUCUAGUGCAUACUGGGUCGGCAAGUUGCUUCUGGGUCAACCCGAGGGAGGGAUCCGAGUUCAGAGGUCAAGUGGGCAGUCGAAGAUGGAGGGGAUCAAAGAGCAUGAUGGACACUGAGGAGGAGUUUGAACGUGCUGCAUAGUGCACGCAUAGAUGACGAGCGGCGCCCUACGUAGAGGGCAAUGGGGGACCGGGCAGGGCAAGGUUUCAGAGACUUUGCGAGAAAUGGACUUGUGCAAGGGCCCGAAACCCGGACUGAAUUUCAUUAGAUGGGAACGAGGAGGAUGCUGGUCCCGAAGAGGGCGUCUGAAAAUGUCUAAACGGACUUUACUUUUCUUUACCAGCGCAGAAAUCAGGGACUUCUUGGAAUAGAGCACAAACUCUGCCUGCUCAUCCUGAUCUGUGCUGCGUGUGACACUUUGUCACAGACUCAUAUUUUGACUUUCAAAUAUGCAACAUUGUUCGAAUUGUACUCAUUUCUUAAUGUUUUGUGAAUAAAACAAUUUAAAUCCAA